UAGGCGAAUUAGUCUUAUCAGGGCAUUAGUCUUAUUUAGCCUAAAAUGUUCGUGAUCCUCUGCCAUCAUUCUUCACUAAGGUCACAACAUUUAUAAUAUUCAGAGACAUUAAGUCCUGUGAUGCACUAGUCAUAGUGCACAUAACUCGGUCACCCAUUCAAAGUUGGACUCGAUACAAUUUGGCCGAUACUUAAAAAAAACAACGUUUUAAUUAUCUCGCCGAUCGCCGUCCCUUCCCGCUCGUUCUGCACAUGCCCAGUUCAACACGUUAGUCCCCUGAAGAAGAAAAAAAAGGAACGAGAACAGGAAGACGAUCGAACGUGAUUUCGGCCGCGAUGGAAGAAGCUUUGCUGUAGUAUUCCAAACAUCAGCUGACCCGACCCAGACACCUUACCACCACAAAAGCCAAGAUGGAGAGACGAGAGACUUUGUGUGUAGACCUUCAUAUGUCGUAAGGCUACAGGCGAAAACAGAGGAGGACCUGUGUUUGCUGUGAGUCAGUAACGUUACUGAACAUGGAUGAUAAACAGUGAGUAGGCCUAACCUAGAUUACAUUCGACCCGACAUGGACAGGAAGCGGCCUAAACUGCUCAUCCUAAGGAGAGACACAGUAGAGGGUAGGAUGGUGGCACGACACAUUGCUCUGGAGGAGGACACGUCCCUGAGCCACGCAGCCAAUCAGGCUCCAGACCUCGGAGAGGGAGCCAAUCAGGCAGACGGGGCUGAAGAAGAGACCCGUGGUGAAGAGACCCGUGGUGAAGAGACCCGUGGUGACGAGACCCGUGGUGACGAGACCCGUGGUGAAGAGACCCGUGGUGAAGAGACCCGUGGUGAAGAGACCCGUGGUGAAGAGACCCGUGGUGACGAGACCCGUGGUGAAGAGACCCGUGGUGAAGAGACCCGUGGUGAAGAGACCCGUGGUGAAGAGACCCGUGGUGAAGAGACCCGUGGUGACGAGACGCUGAUCCAGCUGGAGAGCGACAUGCUCCCUCUAGGAGCAGAGGUCCAGAUGCACGCGGUUUCCAGUGACCGACUCGGGAGUCUGGUUCUGGCCCAGGGGACAAGGGAGGGAGAGGGGUGUCUGGCCCAGGGGACAGGGGAGGGAGAGGGGUGUCUGGCCCAGGGGGCAGGGGAGGGAGAGGGGUGUCUGGCCCAGGGGGCAGGGGAGGGAGAGGGGGUUCUGGCCCAGGGGGCAGGGGAGGGAGAGGGGGUUCUGGCCCAGGGGACAGGGGAGGGAGAGGGGGUUCUGGCCCAGGGGACAGGGGAGGGAGAGGGGGUUCUGGCCCAGGGGGCAGGGGAGGGAGAGGGGUGUCUGGCCCAGGGGGCAGGGGAGGGAGAGGGGUGUCUGGCCCAGGGGGCAGGGGAGGGAGAGGGGUGUCUGGCCCAGGGGGCAGGGGAGGGAGAGGGGGUUCUGGCCCAGGGGGCAGGGGAGGGAGAGGGGGUUCUGGCCCAGGGGACAGGGGAGGGAGAGGGGUGUCUGGAUCGGACGCCUGGAGCCUGGUCUGAGCCCUUGGGGGAAGAUGACGAUGAGGAAGAGAUGGAGGAGCGAGAUAAUGAACGGAGACCGGCUCCUAAGCGACGGUGGAGGUGGAAGGUUCCGGUACAGGCUGACGACGACUGGGAAGAUUGUUCCGCUUUAGGACCGGGCUGGAAACGCAAAGUGGUGUUCCGUCGCUCGACCACCCUGCCCGCUAAGAGGAAGUGGGAUACGUACUACUGCAGUCCUUGUGGGGACCGCAUGAGGAGCAAGGUUGAACUGGCCAAAUACCUCCGUGGUGGCGUGGACCUCUCUCGUUUUGACUUCCAGUCAGGACUCUUCUUGGAUGAGAAGAGCAGGUUGAAGCAUUUGAACCACAUGGAGGAAGUUCACUCCUCUAGUACGAGCACCUCCAGGGCUGGAACCCCUAUGACCGACACCCCCAGGACAGGCUCUCCAGACCUGGACCGGAACCACACCCCUGAUGGCCUCCCUGGAACUCCCCAGCGCACCCCACAGAGUCAGGCCAGCUUCCCGCACAUCACACAGUCCCCCACGGUUGUUAUCCACAACAGCCUCCCCGCCACCCCUAAGCUAUCCGUGGCCAGUUUCUCCCCCUCCCUCCGUCUGGAGAAGAUCUCCCCACAGAGACUCAGUUCUGUGGCCUCUUCAAGCCGAGACGUGGUCAUCCCUCGUCUGUCUCAGUCUCUCCUGCCUCUCAGCCCGACCAAAAACCAGCUCCUCCAGUCAGGACUACAACCGCUCAGACCAAACAAGAAUCAGCUCUCUCAAUUAGGACUACUUCCGCUCAGCCCGACCAAAAACCAACUCCUUCAGUCAGGACUACAACCGCCUUGCCCAAACAAGAAUCAGCUCUCACAAUUAGGACUACAAACCCCAGAGAGGCACAGGAAGGUAGUAGUGAUCCGUAAACCGGAUGUGGAUCUGGAUCCAAUCACCUCCCCUCCCCCUCGGCACCUUUCCCUGGUGACCCAGUGGACCCAGCAGUGGAGUGGAUCAAAUAUUGUGCUGAAUGGACACAGAGAAAUAGACGCAGAGAAACCAACUUGUACAGGUAGACAUGGACAGGUAGAGUCAGUGGAAGUAACGUCCCUUAGGCCAAGCUCCUACGGUGAGAGGAUUCAACAGAUGAAAACAGCCAAUGACAAAGAUGCUGAGAAGAAACAGUCCCCAAGUAUUGUGUUCAGAAAGGUGGGAGGGGAUAAAUGGGUUCUAGGGGGGAAACGACUGGAGUUCAAAGAAGAGGAAUUCGGCAACAGCGGCGCGACUCCACUUUACGCUAAGAAGAAGCGUAAGCGGUUUGGACACAAAUCCACCAAGGUCACCAGGAGACCUAGUAUAUCGAGAAAAGCCAAGAUGAAAGAAUCUGUGAAAGAACUGGAAGAGGAGGAAGAGGAGGAGGAGGAAGAGGAGGAGGAAGAAGAAGAAGAAAAGCCACAGAAGAAGAUGAGAACUCCUCAACAGAAGGUAAAAGAGGACGAAAAACAAGAGUUGAAAUCACAGAGAAAGAAGGUACAGAUGAAAGAGAAGGAGGAGGAAGUUGAGUGGAAGCCAGAGAAAAUUGUGUAUAACCACAGCGAAGGAAGUGACUCUGAAGAGGCACCUGAACCGACUAAUAUCUCGCGUAUAACGGGUAAAUUGAAGAAGCGUACUCAGGGCUGUGGUCACUGUGCUCCCUGCCAGCGUACAGAUUGUGGUAAAUGUGUCUACUGCCUGGACAAGCCCAAGAACGGCGGAGCCAACAAAAAGAAACAGAAGUGCAAGUACCGCCGCUGUCUUAAUAUGCCCACCAAAAGGGACUUAAUGGGAAGCUACUUUAAGAAACACCUGACAGAAGACCCAGGUGGCCAGAGUGUUCGCAUUGGACGAGGAAGUGCUCUUCCAGGAAGUGUUCCUAUUUCACCAGGAAGUGUUCCUAUUUCACCAGGAACUGUAGUAGGACGUGGACCAGGAUAUUUACUAUUAGGAAGGACACUUUCAAAAUGGCGUAUGAUAAAACCAGGAAGUGGAUCAACAGUUGGCACAGAGAGGGGACGCGGUCGGCCCCCUAAACACUUCACCAAACGGAGGAGACGAGUAUGGAGCCAGGGCCCCCCGAGUGAUACGACAGAGACGGACGAGAGUGACGAGGAAGAGGAACCAGGUUACACCGUUUCCACCCAGUCGUUGGAGCACAGCCCUGGGGGAGAGGAUGGAGAGAGAUGGGCGGAACUACAGGAGUACGACGACGAUGUGCCUGAACAAAUAUACCAGAUGUCUCCAUCCUCCAUCGUGCCUGUAAACCCCGGUAGUGGUUUAUCUGAGUCAGAGGAACCCUACCCCAGCAGCUGUGUGCAGCCCUACCCCUAUCCCCAGCCCUACCCCUAUCCCCAGCCCUACCGCUAUCCCCAGCCCUACCCCCAGAGCUGUUACCAGGGCGACCAUGGCAACCUCCAGUUCAUCAGGAUGAACGGCAACCAAAUUACCAUCACCCCUGGCCCCAGCCUCGCUUCUCAGGCCUCGGCAGUCCUGGAACCUGCGGUUGAACCCCCGUCCGUUAACUACACGACAUCCGAACCAACGGCUGUGCAGCAACGAGGUCCGCCUCUACACCAGCCCCUGACCGAGCCCUCCUCACCGUACAGUAUGAGCAGGACGGAGACGGCCGCGCUAGACUACACCGAGGAGGAGCAACUAGUAGAGCUGUACGCCGAGAUACCUCGGACCGUCAUCCACCUCGGACCACCUGACCCGCCAGAGGUCUCAGGGUCAAAGGGCAUGCCUAGGUUGACCGCCGAGGUCAUCCACGAUGUCACUCCCGAUGACGUCACUCCAGAUAUCACAGAGAUCUUCAGUCUGGCCGACGGCAGCGAGUCCUGUCGUGACGGGAGCGAGGCAGCUCUGUUUGGGUUCCUGAGGGCCCUGCGCCGCACGGUGCUACCAGCCCACUGGGUUGGGGUCAUGGCCAGGGGACCUCUAUUACAACUCCUCCAGUGCUCUAAACUCUCUACCAUGGCUGACACGGUUCUCCAGAUCCAACCGGGCUUCUGCUUCCAGGUGACGGUACAGGGCCAGCCCCUGCUGCUGACCCACCCUCUGUAUGAGGUCCACCCUCCCCGCCUCGGAACCAUCACCCAGCUGGUCACUCUGCUGCUGGACCUGGAGACCCUGAUGGUCUGCCCCGGCUUCCCUGUCAGGCAGCCCGCCCUGGAGGACAGGGCCAUGGAGGUGAUGGAGCCGGUCCUUUGUGUGAGGGCGGCCAUCUGUGAACUGCUGGUCCCCCUGGAGGAGGAGAGGUGUGAGAGGUGUAGAGACAACAUCGUGGAUGAGGAAGACCUGGAACUUGUGGAGGAGGGGGGACUGGAAUUUGUGGAGGAGGGGGGACUGGAAUUUGUGGAGGAGGGGGGACUGGAAUUUGAGCUGGAGUUGGGGGAGGAUGGGUGGGUGUAACAGGGUUGGAGGGUGUGACUAGAGAGUGGGUUUUGAACCCCCGGCACAAUACUGUGUUAACCUGCUGAGCUAAAUCCUAAACUUAUGUUAGUCCACCAAGCCAAAACUCUAGGCAGGUUUACUUGUUAUGCAAGUGUGGUUCACGGAAUCACCUAAAUACAGGAACCCGAGUCCAGGUUGCUCAUCAAGCCAGCAUGGUUCAUCGUACAGGACUUUGUUUUUGGAGAACCAGGACUUGGAUGGGUACACCUCCAAACCAACGCAGAAGUGCCUGCGUAUGAUUGACAUUCAAUUUGGUGCUUUUAGAAAUAGAAUGACUAGAAAAUCAUUCUAUUCAUUGUAUUUCUAUGACUAGAAUUUUUACUUUUAGUUAUGGACAUGACUGAAAAUGUCUUCCAACACAUCACGGGUCGUUUACCGUUAGAUCAGGCAGACCACUGUUGUUUUUUUACUUCUGUAUUUGACACUUAAUGUUGUUGGCAUUUAAAACAAAUGAAAGUUCUCAACACGCGGCAACUGGGAUAUCAACAUGACUACUUGUCUUUGGUUUCUGGACCAGCCAUUUUAAUUUUAUUUUUAAACAUUGUUUUUUUGAGUUUUGUUCAUCAGUCAUCACUGUAUUUCAUAGACUACAUAACACACACACAGACUAGUAGAAGAUUGGCUGCUUAACAUUCGUUUAAGAUCUAGUAACGUUAUACGUACAGUACCAGUCAACAGUUUUGAACACACCUACUCAUUCAAGGGUUUUUAUGUGUAAAAUUUUCUACAUUGUAGAAUAAUAGUGAAGACAUCAAAACUAUGAAAUAACACAUAUGGAAUCAUGUUGUAUCAGCUUUGCACACUCUUGGCGUUUUCUCAACCAGCUUCACCUGGAAUGUUUUUCCAACAUUCUUGAAAUAGUUCCCACAUAUGCUGAGCACUUGUUGGCUGUUUUUCCUUCACUCUGCGGUCCAACUCAUCCCAAACCAUUUACAUUGGGUUGAGGUCGGGUGAUUGUGGAGGCCAGAUCAUCUGAUGCAGCACUCCAUCACCCAUCAAAUAGCCCUUACACAGCCUGGAGGUGUGUUGGGUCAUUGUCCUGUUGAAAAACCAAAAGUGUCCCACUAAGCACAAACCAGAUGGGAUGGCGUAUCGCUGCAGAAUGCUGUCGUGUAGCCAUGCUGGUUAAGUGUGCCUUGAAUUCUAAAUAAAUCACUGACAGUGUUACCAGCAAAGCACCCCCACACCAUCACACCUCCUCCUCCAUGCUUCACGGUGGGAACCACACAGGUGGAGAUCAUCUGUUCACCUACUCUCAAAUUUGGACUCCAGACCAAAGGACAGAUUUCCACCGGUCUAAUGUCCAUUGCUCAUGUUUCUUGGUCCAAGCAAGUCUGUUCUUAUUAUUGGUGUCCUUUAGUAGUGGUUUCUUUGCAGCAAUUCAACCAUGAAGGCCUGAUUCACACAGUCUCCUCUGAACAGUUGAUGUUGAGAUGUGUCUCUUACUCUGUGAAGCAUUUAUUUGGACUGCAAUCUGAGGCUGGUAACUGUACUGAACUUGUCCUUUGCAGCAGAGGUAACUCUGGGUCUUCCUUUCCUGUGGCGGUCCUCAUGAGAGACAGUUUCAUCAUAGCGCUUGAUGGUUUUUGCGACUGACCUUGAAGAAACUUUCAAAGUUAUUAAUUUUCCGUAUUGACUGACCUUCAUGUCUUAAAGUAAUGAUGGACUGUCGUUUCUCUUUGCAUAUUUGAGCUGUUCUUGUCAUAAUAUGGACUUGAUCUUUUACCAAAUAGGGCUAUCUCCUGUAUACUGCCCCUACCUUGUCACAACACAACUGAUUGGCUGAAACGCAUUAAGAAGGAAAUUAAUUCCACAAAUUAACUUUUAACAAGGUACACCUGUUAAUUGAAAUGCAUUCCAGGUGACUACCUCAUCAAGCUGGUUGAGAGAAUGCCAAGAGUGUGCAAAGCUGUCAUCAAGGCCAAUGGUGGCUACUUUGAAGAAUCUCAAAAUAUAUAAAAUAUAUUUUAAUUAGUUUAACACGUUUUUUUGGUUACUACAUGAUUCCAUAUGUGUUAUUUCAUAGUUUUGAUGUCUUCACUAUUAUUCUACAAUGUAGAAACAUUUUACAAAUAAAGAAAAACCCUUUAAAGGGGGUAAUUGUGUCCAAACUUUUGACUGGUACCAUAUCAAUGUGUGUGUAUGGAAGAAUGGCUUCUCGACGGUAGGACUCUGUUUAUUUAAUAAGAGUUCAUCAGCUAUAAUGGAUCUUCUUAGAUAUCUUCCUGUUGCGGGAAUAUUCUUUUGCACGUUUUUUUAAGAAUGGCGCUAGCUAGUUUGUUCGUCUUUUCAAGAACUGUGAACUGCCACAAGUGACGUUACAAAGUAGAGAAUACUGCUGCUUUAGCCGUUUCCAGAUUACGGCAUUCUAUUUGCUUUUCUGGUACGAAGUUCAGUUAUUUUAUUAUUUCGGGUUCUAUUUUCAGAGUUUUAUUAUUUCGGGUUCUAUUUUCAGAGUUCUAUUAUUUCUGGUUCUAUUUUCAGAGUUCUAUUAUUUCUGGUUCUAUUUUCAGAGUUCUAUUAUUUCUGGUUCUAUUUUCAGAGUUCUAUUAUUUCUGGUUCUAUUUUCAGAGUUCUAUGUGAAUUCAAAUGCAUUUUUUUUUUAUUUUUUUUUUUUACAUUUUACAGAACUAGACCACCACUAUCUACUCUCCCCCAGCUGACUGAACAAAGUGCUCACAGGCUGGCAUACCAUUGCUCCCAAUAUUUUCCCUAGACAGUUGUAGUGUUGGAAUGAAGCUCUGUGUAGGUAAACGUAUUGAUUAUAUCAAUACACUGGACUGGAUAGUCAGUGAGGAAUGAUUGAGCGCAAUCACAAUCUGUUACAAAUGUAACAGGGACCCAAUCACCUUUUAUGUUCAUAUGUAUUGUUCUCUUGACUUAAUUUUAAAAAAUAUUUUAUGAUUUUAUAUGUUGUUCGCAGGAACAACAUGGUCCAUAUAAGGAUAUGUUGUUAACAGGAACAACAUGGUCCAUAUAAGGAUAUGUUUUCCAUAUAAGGAUAUGUUUUCCAUAUAAGGAUAUGUUGUCCAUAUAAGGAUAUGUUGUCCAUAUAAGGAUAUGUUGUCCAUAUAAGGAUAUGUUGUCCAUAUAAGGAUAAGUUGUCCAUAUAAGGAUAUGUUGUCCAUAUAAGGAUAUGUUGUCCAUAUAAGGAUAUGUUGUCCAUAUAAGGAUAUGUUGUCCAUAUAAGGACUACUCUGUUUUGAAUAGGAGACACAUUGUUUUGCAAUGACAACAUCUUGUCUUUUUUUUUCAUUGAAUUGAAGGUAAUGGUCUGUGGAGAUAUUCAAGAUGAAAGUGUUUUCUAUUUUUUGCUCCAGAAACCUACUGUAUUCUACUGGGAAUGUCAGUUUGUUAUGGUAAAGAAGUACUGGUUUACUUUUUAUGGUGUGAAUAUUUGUAUCAAAACUUGUAAAGGUAUUAAACUUAAGUUUUAUGGUU